AUGAGUCCUGCCAUUAUGGCAACAACAACGACAACACCACCACCACAAAUGACUACUCAACUAUCAGCUACCAGUCCAUUCGACUUCAAUUCACCAGCCAUCAUUCUAAUUUUUAUUCUCAUUAUAACUCUACUCGCUACACUGAUUGUAUUCUCGAUAAUAGUUGUUGUCAUUUAUUUUCUCGGUCAUUGCCGAAACAUCGAUCGAUCAGCACAUUACACGUCAAAGUCAACUCAAACCAGAUGGUUGCCGCACCAAGACGAACAAGACACAAUUUAUCUGUCGCCGGUAAUCCGACAGGCACCAGACCGAGUACCCGGAUUGGAUCGUCCACCAUUCGACAGAAAUCAAAAUCUUCCCCAGCAGCAGAUACUUGAGAACCCACAUAUCCAACUCGUAAGUAGCACGACACCACAACGAAUUCACCGUAUUAUUACCAAUGCGUCUGAAACCUCCCAUAAUGACUUUCAUGUUGGAUACAUAUGUGCACCCACCAACAGUCAGCAAACAUCUACUUCAAGAAUCACUGGGACCACUCCAUAA